UUGAAGUAAACUCCACCCUCAUGGUUUCUUACCCUUCUUAGCAACAUAAUUUCGAAGAUUAAAGGGCAUCAACCUGUGCAUAUGAUGUAAAAAAUUUCGACUUUUUCCAGACUUCUGCAGCGCCCUCUAGUCGUCACUGAAUUCGAGAAGGAGGCAACUUCACGCGGCUGGUCCGCUUCCACGAUGAACGGCGGGCCUUCCGGCUUCCACAAUGCCCCGGUCACGAGGACAUUCGUAAUUGCGUGCGCUCUCCUCACCGUAAUUUUUGGGGUUCGCGGCCACGCUGCAAAUCUGGGAUUAUCUUACGAGGAUGUCAUACAAAGUCUUCGCUUCUGGAAAGUUAUUGCUUCCAUAUUUACCUUCUCAUCAACUCCAGAAUUAAUAUUUGGACUUUAUUUGCUGUAUUACUUCAGAUUAUUUGAGAGGCAGAUAGGAUCUAACAAAUACUCGGUUUUUGUUUUGUUCUCUUUGUUGGCAUCAAUUUUAUUUGAGGUUCUAUCCUUGAUGGUUCAUAAAGAUAAAUUCUCAAUUGUUCUCGUUUCUGGACCAUACGGUCUCAUAUUUUCCUCCUUUAUACCUUUUUAUAUUGAUAUUCCAGUUUCGACAAGGCUUGGUAUAUUUGGCAUUCCUUUCACUGACAAGUCAUUCAUAUAUAUAGCUGGCUUUCAGCUUCUCGUGUCAUCCUGGACGCGGUCAUUAAUACCUGGUAUCUGUGGUAUUUUCUCUGGUUCUUUAUAUCGUGUCAAUGCUUUUGGCAUCCGCAGUAUAAAGUUUCCACACUUCAUUGCACAAUUUUUCUCACGUUUAUCUUGGUCGGCUCCCAGAAGUUUGCCUGAAAGGCCGGAUAACGUUACAAAUACAAAUCAUCAUUCGGAGAGAAACUUUGGUUCCUCAGUCUCAUCAGUCCCAGAGCCUACAGAGUCUUCUGUUGCUACAUUAGUAUCAAUGGGUUUCGAUGGCAAUUCUGCGAGGCUUGCACUUUUGCGAGCCAGGAAUGACAUCAAUGUUGCAACGAAUAUCCUCAUUGAAGCUCAAUCACACUGACAUCAUGUGACAAAUUCAAUCAGGAGCUUAGGAACUGGAAAACCAGUCUUCAUCUGAAGAUCAAUUGGAACUUAUCAGAUUUUUAUUUGGUCUACAAGUAAAUGUUUUCACCAAUGGAUGAAUAUUUAGCUUUUGCUUGACUAAUACUGUUUUUAGUAAAUAUUAAAUAUAUUUUUUGUAUUGAAUA